CUUAGGAAUUUUUAAGAUGAAUUUCUGAAUUUGGACUUCUGCGCAGCUACUUAUAAAUACCACGAGAAAUUCAAGCCAGUUAGUUAAAGCUCAGAAUUCACUCAGAGAACACAUAAUGCAUUUUUUUGGACUACUCGUGACGUUCGUUUGCUGUGUUUUGUGCGUUGCAGCCGAUCCCCAACAGAUAUACGGCGGGAAUAAUGGGCCUCUUGCUGUGGGAACACCUGGCAACCUAAUAUACAUUCCUGGGCAAAACGAUGAUGUCUACAAGGUUCCAGGAGUAGGUGGUCAGUUCCAGCAGAUAUACGGCGGGAAUAAUGGGCCUCUUGCUUUGGGAACACCUGGCAACCUAAUAUACAUUCGUGGGCAAAACGAUGGUGUCUACAAGGUUCCAGGAGUAGGUGGUCAGUUCCAGCACGCAUCGUCGCCAGCGGAAUACAUCUACACGGAUAAGCACGGGAACAUCUAUAGGAACAUACAGCAGGCUGGCGGUCCAGAAACACAUGCUGUCAGCGGACCAGCUCAAGCUGUUGAACAGCCCACCCCCCCCACUGUCCGGGAUUUCCCUUAUGGGACUGCGGCAGAUCAUCAAUUUUAUGUGACGCAACAUGGUCGCACUGAGAAUGUGGGUUCCGGUCUAGGUCUUGUCCAAAGGAACACGUAUAAUUUCCAGUAUCAUGAGGAGCGAUCUGGUCGACCGGUAGACUACGGCAACGGAGUUCAGGAUGGCAAAAACUUCGUCACUAAUUGCAAUCAAGCAGGUGUUUGGAAUGAUGAUACGUCGGUGUGGAAGCGUACGGACGGACGAACUGUCUCGAUUCUCAAAGGCGGGAAAAUUAUUGUUAAUGGAAAUGGGCGCACGCUGACACUGCCAAGCUCAAAUUCCGAUGAAAAUUAA